AAUUUGGCAAAUGUCUGUGUUUUAGCGUUUUUAGAAUAAGUGCAAAACGUUAAAAAAUGUCUGCAAAACAAGCCAUACAAGUUGGUUCGAAAACUGUGAAGCCUCUGCUAUCGCAGACGCCCAGUGAAGCUAGAAAAAGAGUCCUAAAUUUAUACAAGGCAUGGUAUCGUCAGAUUCCAUACUUAGUAAAGGAUUUUGAUAUGCCAAAAACAGAAGAGCAAUGCCGUGACAAGCUCAAGGAAAUGUUUUUAAACAACAAAAAUGUAACAGAUAUUAGAGUAAUUGAUAUGCUGGUCAUCAAGGGUCAAAUGGAACUCAAAGAAUCUGUAAACAUGUGGAAACAAAAAGGACAUGUUAUGGCAUACUUUAAACCAACAGAAGAACCAAAACCCAAGGAUUUCUUAUCAAAGUUCUUUGCUGGCAAUGAAUAAAAAUUAAAACAAAUUAAGUUUUUGUAAAUAUCAAUGAUUGAUAAUACAAUCAAAUAGGUUAUUUAAUAGCAACAAAUAAUUGGUUUCAUU